UUACAUUGAAGAAAUAUUUUGUAUAGUCACAAUCAGUUUCGGUAGUGAUCCAGAUGUUGAAAUGAUGCAAGUUCUUAAUAUAAAUGUUGUGUUGCUUGUUAUUAAGUUAAAUUUUGAUAUAAUGCGGCAAAAGUUGAUAAUGUUGUGUAUUUUUAACCAAUGUGAGCCCAAAACGAUGAUUCGAAAAACAGUCCUCGCAUGAGUGUGAUAGAUGGUAGUGUUUUUUUGCAUUUUUAAAGUGAAAGGUCUAGAUAAUCCAGAAGAGAGAUGGCUCAUCGCCAAAAACGGCGUAGAACUUGGAGAGGUUUCAACCGAAGUGCGGCAGCCACCGUGUCUUCAGCUCCACCUUCAACCCGUAUUAUUGUCAGAUACGUUUCCACGGGCGUCCAAACUGACGACCACCUGGUCCAAGCAAAGAAAAAAUCGUUGAACAUACCACAACUGCAAUCAGUCAACCGAAUAACAAACUUUCCUAUAGUAGAAACAGGACUCAACUAUGCUGAAAAUGUUUACCAGAAAAUUAAGAGAUCAAACAGUUUGUUCAACUGGACGCUGGUACAAGCAGAAACUACUUUAUACGCGGUAGUGGACUCAGCCGCGCCAGCCGUCAUCUUACUUCAACGACCUCUUUCCCAAGUCGAUAAAAUCGUCUGCAAAAGUUUAGACUUUGUCGAGGAGAAGAUUCCAUCUAUUAAUCUCCCUCCGGAAAUGAUUUACUGGAACACAAAGCAAUAUGCCAAAGACGCAGUCAGUACCAAAAUCGUUCGUCCGGUACUCAAACGUGCCGAUUCUGUUAAAGAAAUUGGGAAUGCUGUGCUCGCCAGCAAAUAUACAGCAUUCGCGGCUGAUACGCUAGAUGGUGCUUUGAACGUUGCUGACAAAUACGUCGACAGGUAUUUACCGGCCGCUGAAGAUGAUAAGAGUGUUGAUGAAGUCGACGGGGGCGUAUCGGAAGGACCAGCAGGCAAAGCUAUCCACACAAUUCAUCACGUCGAUAGAUUGGGCCGAAAAUUAAAAAGGCGCUUGACCAAAAAAACGUUGGCCGAAGUCAAAGCUUUGAAAGAACACAGCGCAGAAGCUGUCCACGUUCUGAUUUAUGUAGCCGAGUUGGUAGCGACCGAUCCGAAAUUAGCAUUGAAGAAAGGAAAAGAGCUCUGGUCAAGCUUGAGUCAAGACGAACCGGAAAACCAGGCCCGACCUGAAAAUCUGGAACAACUUAUUGUUCUUCUUACAAGAGAAUCUGCUAGAAGGGUUGUUCAUUUGGUCAAUUUCAGCACAUCUGUAAUAAAUAGAGUCAAUAAAAAUUUAGCUCACUCUGUUUUAACGCUGGUGACAACGUUCCUGGAUGCUGCCGAUUCGAUGGUUAAGACUGCUCAUCUGGAAAGGGCGCAACAGUCAACGUCAGAUUUAAUUCGAUCGAAAGCACAUUCGGCCACAAUUAUGCUGAAGAAUCUAAACAUCCAGCUCACCGACAUUUUGGAUAAUUGGGCGAAACAAUUGGAUAACAAGCAAGAAUCGGAACAUCCAAAGACCGUCCUCUCUGUUCCACAGAUUAAAGUUCAACAGUUAAAGGCUUUUCAUACCAAUAUCAUUAAGGACAGAAAUGGCAUCGAAAAUAAUUCAAAUCAAACUGCGUCGUCUUCAUAA